UCUACGUAAACCAUCAAAUUGUGCUUCUUUUUUGAUACGAACACUCAGGCAUACUCAAGCUCAGACCACCGACUUACAGCUGGCCAUGACUGAUUGUAUAUAAGGGUACCGGUGUAUAGGUCUUUGCGAAUAGCUACUUACAACUAUGGGAUCAACACUAUUAACAAAUCUUCUUCCUAUCGCUUUCACCGUGUUGGUGAUCGAAGUGCUGCGAGCCCGCUCUCGCAAGACAAAAGGUUUCAAGCUACCGCCAGGGCCACCUCGUCUUCCCAUCAUCGGUAAUGUGCACCAGCUAUCUAUCGAUGCAUGGACGACCUUCACUGCCUGGAAAGAUGAAUACGGUCCUAUUGUUUACCUGAAUCUAGCCGGACAGAAUGUUAUCGUGCUAAACACCUUAGAGGUUGCUUCCGACCUCUUGGAUGAUCGUGCGGCCAUUUAUUCAGACCGCCCUAACUGGAUCGUAGCUUGCCAGAUGCUCACAGAGGGUCUAUUCAUGCCUUUCGUGCGCUACGGAGAAACUUGGAGACGCAUGCGCCGUGCCGCACAUCAGGGCCUCCAUCAGAACGCAGUUGAAAAAUACAAACCAAUUCAGACAAAGGAAGCAACACUUUUGCUGAAUGACCUCCUUCAAGACUCUGGUAACUGGGUAGAACAUGUGCGAAGAGCUGGGGGGUCUACAGUUCUUGGAGUGACAUAUGAUAUCCCAACGCUACCAUCUGUGAAUGACACAGAAUUACGACUCAUAUAUGACUUUACAAUCCAUCUAGUCAAUACUGCAUACGUUGACAGCUUUGUCGUCGAAUUUUUCCCGUGGAUACGCCACUUUCCGGCAUGGAUGAUGUCUUGGAAAGCUCGAGCACUUCGUUGGUCACAAGAGUCCAUUCCGAUUUUUCUGUCGAUGUUCCAGAAAGUCAAGACUGAUUGGGGAAACGGUCUUGCACGACCAAGCCUUACUGGAGUAGUUGUCGAGCAACAAGCAAAAUUUGGACUUACAGAUAAAGAAGUGGCGUGGAUGGUUGCAGCCAUAGCUGCUGCAUCCGAAACAAUGUCAGGGGUUCUUGCGUGGUUUUUCUUGGCAAUGGUCAUGUAUCCUGAAGUGCAAGUCAAAGCACAAGCUGAAUUGGACCGAGUUGUCGGACGAGACAGGCUGCCAAACUUUGAUGAUAUGCAGCAUCUACCCUAUAUUCGUGCAAUCAUAAAGGAGGCGCUUCGCCUAAACCCCGUGGAUCCAUUAGGACUUCAACAUCGUUCUAUAGAAGAUGAUAUCUACAAAGGUUACUUCAUUCCAAAAGGCACCAUCUGCAUCGCAAACGUAUGGGCAAUGAAUAGAGAUGUCGAUGUAUAUGGCCCAGAUGCCCACCUAUUCAAGCCUGAACGACAUCUUGACAAGGAGGGGAAUCUAUGUCAAGCGUUUCCACGUACGAAGAACGAAGGACACAAUACCUUUGGGUUUGGUCGCAGGAUCUGCGUUGGCAGAUAUCUCGCGAACAACUCUUUAUUUCUCAAUAUGGCUAGCAUUUUGUGGUUGUUUGCCAUCCAUCCCCCGGUCAAUGAUGAUGGUUCACCUGUGAAGUUGACCGAAGAUACGAUAAAUGAAGGUCUUGUUGUGCGUCCGAAUCACUAUGACUAUAUCUUCAAACCUCGAUUCGCAGAGGCCCCAAAAAUUGUAGAAGAAGCUCUGACAGCAGUAACACAAGUUUGAUUACUGAACUGGAAUCCGAAGGAAAUUCAAGAGCGAAUGUGUUCCGUCAAACUUCCCAAAGUGCGUAAAGCAUCAACAAGAUCAUGGAAAUGGAGCUGCGCGCUAUGUCAAACAUAAUGUCAUGAGUUCUCAGGUAGUUGUAGGUAAUAAUAAUAUGGUCGACUUCGAUCGAUUAUCCGUGACAGUUCAUUUCGCUUUCCUUAUGCUACGCCUUUUCUUCAGAAGUUGUAGGAUCCCGAUAGCUCUCCUCACGGCGUCCAGUGAGGAUAUUUAUUUCCUGUUGUUCCCAUGUAGGGUUGAUUCGGUUGAACUUGAUGCUGAC